AUGAUAAACCAACCAGCAACAAUUCGUUAUCAAACACUUCGGAAAUUAGUAACAGGAUUUGAAAAAGUAGGUGCUGUUGCAUCAAGUGAAAAAUUGACGGAGGCAGUGUUUCGUGUAUUAAUAAGUAAUGAGGCAGAUAAAACUUACAAAGACGCUUUGAUUCAAAUAGUUCCUAAAUUAGUUAAAGUACUAAUGAAAGGACCAGAUGCAGAUGAAAAAACAAAAUCAAGAUGUAUCCAAUGUUUUAUUCAACCAUUAUCUGACUUUUUAGUUGGAACAGAAAGUUCUGCAUUAAUAAAGUCAUCAGCAGCAAGAGCAUUAGUAGCAGCAUAUUCGUAUCUUGAUGAUGACACAUUUAAAUAUUUUCUUGUUCCUGUAGUUAGAGGUUCAUUUACAGAAGAAGAUUAUCAAGAAACAACAGUUGUUGAUGUUGUAUUAGGCAUAAUGCCAAGAUUAGUAGAAAGUGAUUAUGGAUGGAUUGCACGUGGUAUUGAAAUAUUUUAUGGAAAUGAGACAUAUAGUUAUAGAAAGGAAGCACUUAGAAUGAUUUGUUAUUUGGCAAGUAAUAAAUUUAACAAAGAGGCAAUGCAAAAAUACAUUAUGAAAAUUUAUUUGAAAAUUCCUCAUGAUAAAGCAUGGAUUAUUAGAAGAGAAUUUGUUAGGUCAAUGGAAUAUGUAAUUGAUAAAAUUUUUGAUGAAGAUGUUGAUAAUGUGUACAAUCAAUAUAUUGAACUUACUCAUGAUGAACAAAAACAAGUUGUUGCAGGAUGUAUUGAAAUAUUACCAACAAUUAUUAGAAAUGAAAGAAUUCAAUAUAAAAUGAAAGAAUUAAACUUCAUUGAUACUUUUAGAAAACUCACAACUUUUAAUGAUAAUGUUGAUGUUUGUCUUAUUAAAAUAAUUCCUUAUCUUAUCCAAUUAUAUCCUGAAGAAGAAGAAUAUUUUCUUAAUCUUAUGGAAAAGAGUUGUGAUUCAAUAGAAGAAAUAAUGAGAAACACAGUUAAUAUUAUCUUUAAACAAGUAUUUGAUCUCGCACAUAAUAAGAAUAUUUUACUUAAUAUUUUUGAGAAAUUAGCUAAUGACCAAAGUGCAGGUAUUAAAAGUGAAAUGAGAAGAUAUAUUUGUGAUGUAUUAUCAUUAGAUACAGGAAGGUUUAGUGAUUUAUUUAGAAGUCUUGUUGAAGAAAGUAAUUUCCGAGUGAAAGUUAGUAUUGCCCAACAUCUUCCAGUGUUAAGAACAAUGUCAUUUUAUGAUGAUGUCCUUGUUAAACUAACAAUGAGUGGAUUUUUUGGUGUUAGAGAAGUUGCUUUAAAAGAAAUUGAGAAUUGUUUAAAAGAAAAUGAAAGUAAGAGAAGUAUAUUAUUUAAUCAAUUCUUGACAUAUCAAAAAGGUAAUUGCCAUCAACGACAAGCAUUGGCUUAUGCAUUUGCUGCUGUAAGUAAAGGAAAUGAAGAAUAUACAACAAAAGCUACUCCAAACUUAAUUCUAAUGUUAGAUGAUCCGAUUUCUAAUGUGAGAAUUAGUACUUUAAUUGCAUUAGGAAAACUUCAUUCAUCUUCACAAGACGUAAAAUUUGCACUUUCAACAUUAUUAAAGAAUGAACAUGAUACUGAUGUCCACAAUAUCGCAGAACAAAUAUAUGCGAGGAUUUGUUAA